CAAGGGGCGCCGCGAUCGUAGCAAGCAUUGCGUUUGAAGUGAAAAGUCUGUAGUUUGCAUCGUGACCAAGAUGGCUCCGGUACGCGGAGACGGAAUGCGCGGUUUGGCGGUGUUUAUAUCGGACAUUCGAAACUGCAAAAGCAAAGAGGCCGAAAUCAAGCGAAUCAAUAAAGAGCUGGCGAAUAUUCGGAGUAAAUUCAAAGGCGACAAAACGCUGGACGGGUACCAGAAGAAGAAGUACGUCUGCAAGCUGCUGUUCAUCUUUCUGCUGGGCCAUGACAUCGACUUCGGUCAUAUGGAGGCGGUCAAUCUGCUUUCCUCGAACAAAUACUCGGAGAAACAAAUUGGCUACCUUUUCAUCUCCGUGUUGGUCAACACGAACAGUGAUCUGAUCAAGCUUAUCAUCCAAAGCAUCAAGAAUGAUCUGCAGUCGCGCAAUCCGAUCCACGUCAAUCUGGCGCUUCAGUGCAUUGCCAACAUCGGCAGCCCGGACAUGGCGGAAGCGUUUACGAACGAAAUCCCGAAGCUGCUCGUGUCCGGUGACACGAUGGACGUGGUGAAACAGUCGGCGGCUCUCUGCCUGCUCCGACUGUUCCGCACUUGCCCGGAGAUCAUACCCGGGGGCGAGUGGACCAGUCGCAUCAUUCAUCUGCUGAACGAUCAGCAUAUGGGAGUGGUAACGGCCGCCACCAGCCUGAUCGACUCGCUGGUGAAGAAGAACCCGGAAGAGUACAAGGGUUGCGUGAGUUUGGCCGUGUCGCGCCUUUCCCGCAUCGUGACCGCAUCGUAUACGGACUUGCAGGACUACACGUACUACUUCGUACCGGCACCGUGGCUGUCGGUGAAGUUGUUGCGCCUGCUGCAGAACUACAACCCGCCGACGGAGGAUCCCGGUGUGCGAGGACGGUUGAACGAGUGCUUGGAAACGAUCCUGAACAAGGCGCAGGAGCCGCCGAAGAGUAAGAAGGUGCAGCACUCGAACGCGAAGAACGCGGUCCUGUUCGAAGCGAUCAACCUGAUCAUUCACAACGACAGCGAGGCAAGCCUGCUGGUGCGGGCCUGCAACCAGCUUGGCCAGUUCCUGAGCAACCGAGAAACUAACUUGCGCUACCUGGCGCUCGAAUCUAUGUGCCAUCUAGCGACGUCCGAGUUUUCGCACGAAGCAGUCAAGAAGCACCAGGAGGUGGUCAUCUUGUCGAUGAAGAUGGAGAAGGACGUGUCGGUUCGCCAGCAGGCCGUCGAUCUGCUGUACGCGAUGUGCGAUCGCUCGAACGCGGAGGAGAUCGUGCAGGAGAUGUUGAACUACCUGGAGACUGCCGAUUACUCGAUCCGCGAAGAGAUGGUGCUGAAAGUGGCCAUUUUGGCGGAAAAGUACGCUACCGAUUAUACCUGGUACGUGGACGUUAUACUGAAUCUGAUUCGGAUCGCGGGCGACUACGUGUCGGAAGAGGUCUGGUACCGGGUGAUACAGAUCGUCAUCAAUCGCGAGGAAGUCCAGGGCUAUGCGGCAAAGACCGUUUUCGAAGCCCUGCAGGCCCCGGCCUGUCACGAGAAUAUGGUUAAGGUCGGUGGCUAUAUUUUGGGCGAGUUUGGCAAUCUCAUUGCGGGCGAUUCACGCUCGGCACCGAUGGUUCAGUUCAAGCUGCUCCACUCGAAGUACCAUCUCUGUUCGUCGAUGACCCGUGCCCUACUGCUGUCGACCUACAUAAAGUUCAUUAACCUGUUCCCGGAGAUUCGUGGCACCAUCCAAGACGUGUUCCGACAGCACAGCAAUCUCCGUUCGGCGGACGCCGAGCUGCAGCAGCGUGCGAGCGAGUAUCUGCAGCUCAGCAUCGUCGCUUCGACCGACGUGUUAGCGACGGUGUUGGAAGAGAUGCCAUCGUUCCCGGAACGCGAAAGUUCCAUUCUGGCCGUGCUGAAGAAGAAGAAACCAGGACGCGUACCAGAGAACGCGGAAAUUCGCGACAACAAGAGCCCCGUUCCAAACAGCCACAAUGCUCAUAGCAAUGCUCAAAAUAAUCACGCACCUAGUGCAAAUAACGCAAGCGCCAGUAACGAUUUGCUAGGAUUGAGCACUCCACCGGCCAACCAGUCGGGCACUUUGAUCGACGUACUGGGCGAUAUCUACAGCACGACCAAUGGCAACAGCAACGUUGUUAACAAUUCCAAAAAAUUUGUCUUCAAAAACAAUGGUGUGCUGUUCGAGAACGAUCUCCUGCAGAUCGGCGUGAAGAGUGAAUUCCGCCAAAAUCUUGGCCGCCUGGGGUUGUACUAUGGUAACAAGACACAAACGGCACUGCAAAACUUUGUGCCCACGCUGCAGUGGUCGGCCGAGGACGCGUUGAAGCUGAACGUGCAGAUAAAGGCCGUCGAGCCAACGCUGGAGGCCGGUGCGCAGAUACAGCAGCUGCUCACGGCGGAAUGUAUCGACCACUACGUCGGCGCACCGUCCAUCAUUAUUUCAUUCCGUGUCAGCGGCGGUGCACCGCAAAAGCUGACGGUCAAUCUUCCCCUGACGAUAAAUAAGUUCUUCGAGCCGACAGAAAUGAACGCCGAAUCGUUCUUCGCACGAUGGAGAAAUCUUGGCGGCGAGCAACAGCGAGCGCAGCGUGUCUUUAAAGCAAUGCAGCCGCUCGAUCUACCGGGAGCGCGCAAUAAACUCACCGGCUUCGGUAUGCAGCUGCUCGACAGCAUCGACCCGAACCCGGAUAAUAUGGUUUGUGCGGGAAUCAUCCACACGCAGGCCCACAAAGUCGGGUGUCUGUUGCGCCUGGAACCGAACAAACAGGCCCAGAUGUUCCGUUUGACCAUUCGAUCGAGCUUAGAAGCGGUCACGUCAGAAAUAUGCGAACUGUUGGGAGACCAGUUCUAAGGGCGCAGUGGCGUGGCACGGUAACACUCACAGCUCACGCACGGAUAUCACAGACUAGACAUCGGAAAAUCACACUCGAGAGGUAUAUUUAUCUAUUUGGCGUGUCGUAUCGCAGCGCGGAAUGAUACCAAAAUGAAAACUAACUAAAGUGUAGCAUUGUGACAAUGAAACAUUGCCGAAGGCAUCCCGGUGCAAUGUUGGGCGCACGCCAUUCGAGCGAGUUGGUUAAACUUUGAGACCCAUCAAACGAAUAUUUAGGCGGGAUCGUGCGAGAAUCAUGACAAGUAGACUUCAACAAAACGUUUGGGUGGGAAAUCCUAUGUCCCGGGCGGAGGAAUUCACUGUACGCGCGAACCGCAGUCGAUGAAAACGGUUCUAGGGACGUGUGGUACAACACUCCACAAAACACUAAAGCCAGGCUUCGGUGGCACGAUGUAUAAAAUAGUAAAAUUAACAUUUAUUGGCUAUACUGGCUCCGUGGUCGACGAGCCUCCAUGUUAAAGUAAUACUUCUUUUCUCCUUCGUUACAAGUUUAACCAGUCCAAUCGAACAAACCAUUUGGCGAGAUCCGAUUACGCGAACUAUUAAAAUACUACCGACAGCACUCAAACUACUUGAGCACUUAUGAAAGUGCACAAACUUAACGAUAGCAGCAGCAGCGAACCGUAGGAACGGACCGCGCCCGAUCAGCAGCAUGAUCAGUGGGGCACGUACGGAUUCCUACAAUUCCAGUAUUUGCUGCAGCUAGCCAGUAACUGGACGCAAAGGCACGCGUGCGAGGCGUGUGUAUGAAACUUUAUAGAAAUCUCAUUUAAUCGUGAAAAGGGCGAACAAAUGACAACAUGUGAAUUAGGACGCGAGUGUAGAGUUUAACGAACACGGCACGUUCGACAGACGCAGCAUAAAAUCCACUCAUGCUAGAAAAGGCCCUCGGAACCCUCUAAUAGUAAUCUUGUUGUGGCGUGUAUGUGUGUGUUUGUGUAAGUAACGGUACAGCAUAAUUCACAGUAAAUUCUGCAGAGAUAAACAAAACCAACUCCCAAACCGUGAGCCAGAUAAUGGAAGGCCCAGGCCCGUAACACCGCCUCCGGAAGGGGCUCCGGGGUAUCCGGUGUGUUUCUUAUCUCAUUUAGCAACGCAGUAUGAAGAAGGCAUGAACGUGGACAACAAAGUUUAGCACAAACAGCAGCACCCAAUAUUGUAAUGAAAUCAUCACACGUGAGCCGGAAUUUUUGUGUUUUUUUGUUCGUGCGCCGCGUUCGUCGAGCGCGUUGAAAAUUAGGGAAAGUGGAAAGAAGGACCCCGUUCGUGCAAUAAUCGCGCGCCGCGCUUUGUCGCACUGCGCCGCGCAGAGGACGAUGAACCGAAGGGAAUAUUGUUGUUAUGUGUUGCGAGAGCGCAGCAUUAUCGGCCACCGUCGUUGAGUUUCGCCUGUAUUUCAGCAUCGAGCCAACGAGGGCGCAAAAGAGACACAAUGGUGGAUGAGAAAUUGUAAACGAAACUAUGUUUUAAUCGUUAUUAAUAUACAAGAGCAUUAAGUACCGUGUACAUUGUAGAAAGUUGUAUUUAAAAGAGAACAGUUAAGUAAAGUAUCAGCAUCCAAAAGCCCUAUUAUAGAGUAGAGAGAGAGAGAGAGAUUCGCUAAAACACAUACAAAUCAUUUUCAUGCUCGAUGCACUUCAAACUGUAACUUGCUUACUGAAGCUCCUCGCUCUCCACGCCCAAACAAGGGUGGUCCGUUUGUUUUUCCAUCAUUUUCUUGAAACUUAUCACUAGUCUAUGGAAAUCAGAAGGAAUACGCGCAGAAUACGGCGGAGGAAGUACACAUACUCAUGCAUGCAUACCUAUAAAUUAUUAUUGGCUGGACAUUCCAAAUAGAGAGUGGCAGAGAGAGAGAAAGAGAGAGAGAGAGAGAGAGAGAGAGAGAGAGAGAGAGAGAGAGAGAGAGAGAGAGAGAGAGAGAGGAAAUCAAACACGGCUAGGACAAGGCUUGACAAAACAAAAGAAUGACUGCGCUAGGAACAGAAACCAUAAGCAAUCGACCAUUUACUAGCCGCCCCUUUCAACUGCAUGGAGAGAUGAGCUUACCGUAAAAAUAACCCUAAUUGCAAUACGUACCGCGCGACAGCAGAAAAUCCUCCCGGUUGACGGAUCGUGAAGGGUACAGAUGGAAUGAUACCAUAUAAGGACAUGAUCGGGUCGCCUGUUAGUAGUUGCAUACUGCACGAAGCGCGAGCAUACAAGCAGCAGCCUCCAGCCGGCCGAUAUCGUAGCGUAAACCGAAAAAAGGACCACCAGCAACACACACAAAAACAACGGGAUCCUUCGCGAUAGACGAAAGUGUGCGUGGAAAGUAUGUGAAGACGGAAAAUAAUAUAUUGAAAAUAUACACAUGUUAUUGA